AUGUCGCCGACACGAUACCCCGCCGAGGCCGUCGACCCCUCCCCCCUCGCGGCGCCCCUCCCGCUGCCCUUCUCGGGCAAAACGGCCCCCAACCGCUUCCUCAAGGGCGCCAUGACCGAGCGCCUCUCGACCUGGGACCCCGCCAACCCCUCCGCCCGCGGCGUCCCCACCCCGGAGCUCGUCAACGUCUACCGCCGCUGGGGCGAGGGCGGCUCCGGCCUCAUCCUCACCGGCAACGUCAUGAUCGACUACGACCAGCUCGAGGCCGCCGGCAACCCCAUCAUCCCGCCCGCCGCGCCCUUCUCCGGCGAGCGCUUCGAGGGCUUCCGCAGCGUCGCCGAGGCCGCGAAGAAGCACGGCAGCCUGGUCCACGCGCAGCUGAGCCACCCCGGCCGCCAGGUCGCGAGCAACAUCAACCCGCACCCCAUCUCGGCCAGCGACGUGCAGCUCGAGGGCGAGGUGAUGGGGAUGACCUUCGGCAAGCCGCGCGCGAUGGGCCCGGAGGACUUUGAGAAGGUGAUUGGCGGGUUCGCGCACGCGGCGGAGUACUGCUACAAAGCUGGUUUCGACGGUGUGCAGCUGCACGGCGCGCACGGGUAUCUGCUGGCGCAGUUCCUCUCGCCGACGACGAACAAGCGCACGGACAAGUACGGCGGGUCGCUCGCCAACCGCGCGCAGAUUAUUCUGGAGAUUGCCGCCGCUAUUCGUGAGCGCGUGACGGAUCCCAGCUUCAGCAUCGGGAUCAAGGUCAACUCUGUCGAGUUCCAGGAGGGCGGGUUCUCGACGGAGGACUGCAGCGAGCUGUGCGCGCUGCUGGAGGAGCACAAGUUUGAUUUUGUGGAGCUGUCGGGCGGGACGUACCAGUCGCUGGCGUUCGAGCACAAGCGCGAGUCGACGAAGAAGCGCGAGGCUUUCUUUUUGGAGUUUGCGGAGCAGAUCGUGGGCAAGCUGAAUAAGACGCGGGUGUAUGUGACCGGCGGGCUAAGGACGGUGGCCGCGAUGGUGAAGGCGCUGGAGACGGUGCACGGGGUGGGUCUGGCGCGGCCGGUGUGCAACGAGUUCGAUCUGCCGAAGAAGAUCAUCGAGGGCAACGCGGGGAGCUCGGUGAAGACGCUGCUUGGGGAGGAUGAUUUCGGGCUGACGAACAUGUUGGCUGGCACGCAGAUCCGGCUGGUGGGCAAGGACAAGGAGCCGCUGGAUGUCAGCCAGGAAAAGUACAAGGAGGUGUUUGAGAAGUCGCUGCAGAAGUGGGCGCAGGGCAUGGCGGAGAACAGCGAUGGCUCCAAGUAUGGGUACAUUGACAUUGAGGGGACGACGCUGCAGCCCUUUGGCACGCCGAUCGAGCCCUCCCUCCGCGUCCGCCGCGCCAUCACGGCCAACGACCCCCUCCUCGUCAAGCGCAUCCUCAAAUCGCACCCAGGUCUCCUCCACAACCCCGACUCCUCCCCGCUCGGCCUCUCCAACUCGAACCUCCACCUCGCCGCCUCCCUCGGCCACCUGCCCAUCUGCCGCGUCCUCCUCGAUGCUGGCCACGAAGAUCCCGACCCGGCCCUCAACGAGUCGCACCAGACCGCCCUCAUGCUCGCCGCCGCCGCCGGCCACACCGACGUCGUCCACUUCCUCUGCGAGCGCACCCCACACGUCAUCCUGCGCCGCGACAUCCGCUGGCGCGACGCCAUCAUGGAGGCUUCCCGCGGCGGCCACGACACGGUGCUGCAGAUCCUGCUGACCUACGUCCCCGGCGGCGCGCGCGACGCGGUGAUGAGGGCGGAUCUGGACGGCAAUACGGCGCUGCACUUUGCGAGCGGGAACGGGAACCUGUUGGUACUGAGGACGCUGCUGGCCGCGGGCGCGGAUGCGGAGAGAAGGAACAUGUGGAGCUGGACGGCGAUGAGCUACAGCGCGACGGUGCAGGCGGAGGUUUACCUCAAGGGCUUGGUCACGGAGGUGGAGAGGCGGAAGAUGGUGCGGCGGGAGGUGGAGGAGCUGAAGAAGGCGGGCGGGGUGAGGGUUGUUGAGGAGGAUGUCGAGGUGGAGGAUUGA